AUCUUACGAUUUUACGUUUCUAGGUCAUCAAAUCGUUUCUACGUAGAAUCACACUUUUGACUGCAUUGGUUUUGGAAACUUUACCAAUGAUGGAUCCGAAGGAGAGAAAGAGAACCACCCCCAAUGUUGAUGGACUAGCGUUAUGAAGUUUCGAUUAAUUAAUUAAUUGUCCACAACGUUUCCUCCUAACUCCGUCUAUGUCCCACAACGUUUCCGAACAAGCUUCUUUCCCCUCCCACCUCAACGCCUCCUCUCCAUUCUCCCUCGACCUCCUCUGCAGAGAAUUCGUCAUGGGAUCCCGCCACCAGGACUACCAAUCCCUCAUUGCCGCCAGGCUCCGCUAUGAUUUGGCCAACAUCCAAUCCACCUCCGACUCCAACCUCACUCCCCUCCACGACGACGACUCCCAGCAGCCGCCUCUCCUAGUCCGAUUUAUCGACCUCGGUCGUGUCCGGGUCGAACCAGGGCAGCGAGAGUACUUCUCCCCUAUUGGGCUAGGCAUCCCGACCCUUCUACAUUGUCCUCGACACUGUAGAGACGAAUUGAUGGAAGAGAAUUGUGAAGGGAUUGUGAGAGGGUACGAAAGCAUGGUCGUCGGAAGGGUGAAGGCCAUCUCGGUGGAUGGCGGGCAAAAUUGUCCAAGUCGGGGAAGUUCUCUUCAGCCCAUUCAGAGGACAACAAAAUAUGGUCUGUAUCCCUUGGUUUGGUUGGUUACUCUUGGGAGAAGGAAUCCAGAUUCAAAAGAACCAUUACAAUGGACAGAAAGCUUCUGGCGAGCUUGAUGGGUCGGUCAGUACAAGACUGGGAAGCGAAGCUGGAGCGAGUUUUGCAUCAUAAUGAUGGCAGUAAAUGAGAAUUUACUACUUUCCCUAGUUUUGAGAAUAGACACAGUUUUUAACAUGAAAUGGAUCAAUAACUCUGUUGCCUCUAAAGCAAUUCACAAAGCAACACAGAUUACUAAAAUUCCAAAAAAUUAUCAUUAUCUAAGUGCUUCUAUGAAGAAAACAAAACAAAAAUAAAUUAAAUUUAAUUAUUUUAAAAUUGUCAUGUCACACAUUUAAUGGUCAAAUUUUAGAGUUGACCGCCACAUAAGUAAAAGUUAACGGAGUUGGACGGAGAGUGACCAAACGUGAACGGUUUCAGUAAACUGAAGUACUAUCAAUAGAUUUAAAUAUUUCGAAUGACCAAACAUGAACGUUUUUUGUAAUCUCAAUGAUCAACCAUGCAAUUAACCCAUACUUAUAGUGACCAAAUGUAAAUUUUUGGGUAAUCUAUUUUUUAUCCAAACUUUUUUCAAAUUCUUUUAUAUUAUCCAAACCUAUCGAAAUAUUAAAAAUUAGCCAAAUGUUAACUUUCAGUUAGCAAUAUUGUUAGUAAUAUUGACUUGGCAACAUGACACUGACUUGGAAGAGACUCAUGAAGGUCAACAUUCCAAAAUUUUGGUAUUUUAACUAAGAAAAGAGUUACGAAAUU